CGAGCAUGCCAUAGCCGGUGCAAAAGCGUAUGCCACAUAAAGGUAUUGAGCUAUCAUAUUUGCAGUCAUAUUCAUCUGUAUAAAGGUCAGUCUAUUAGAGAAAGAAAUAGAGGACUUUCGCGUGCCGUCGUUUGGCUUCUGCCCAGCACCAAUCAGGCAGAGCUGGUGCCAGUGCCGGUGCACAGUGGCUGAGAUACAGCCAGAGUCAGCCGGAGUGACGAUGCAGACUGGAGACUGGAGACCCAAGAAACAGAGACCCCAAGCCAGACAGCCCGUCGCAGACGCUCAACGGGCCGCGAGUGGCAUGGGGCAGCGGUCGAGGCCGAGGAAACUGGUGUUUUCGUUAAAUGAGUUUUCCAGUAGCAUUUUCAUAUGGUCGCUGAGUGCAGUCAAAGGCCGUGAAGCAGCUACAGCGGAAGCGAGACCAAACACCGCACACCACCCACCUGAAUCCAAAAGCAAACUUGAGUUAACUUAACUAAACUGAACUCGGGCGCAACACUAAAAUCUAAGCCCAACAACCAAGGCACUUGCUGUUCAAACUUUGGCCAUAACACUCGCAGCAAGACGGCAAAAUGAACGACAGUCGACGCAACACGGCAACGGAAUUCAGUUACAUACUGCAACGGCAGGGCAGCGAUGUGUCCGCUGCUGAAGCAUAUGCAUUCGACGACUUCAACAAUUUAAUGAAGAACGACCAUCAGACACAUCAGCAACAGGGCCAGCCACAGCAGCAACAGCAUCAGCAGCAGCAGCAGCAGCAGUCCUCGCAACAACAACAGCAACAACAACAACGUGGGGAUGGGCUAUCAGGCGACACGUUGUCCUCAUUACCACAAGCAUCGUUCAACUAUAUCAACUCCAUCGUUGGCAGCGGCGUCAUUGGCAUACCCUACGCCCUGCACCGGGCCGGCUUCGGCCUGGGCCUUGCAUUGCUCAUCCUGGUGGCCUACAUAACCGACUAUUCGCUCAUACUGAUGGUGAGAUGCGGUCACAUCUGCGGUCGAUUCAGCUACCCGGGCAUCAUGGAGGCUGCCUACGGCAAGUACGGCUACUAUCUGCUAUCGCUGCUGCAGUUCAUGUAUCCUUUUCUGGCCAUGAUAUCUUACAAUGUUGUCGUGGGCGAUACCUUAUCAAAAGUUUUGGUACGUUUCUUUCCAUCCUGGGGCGAUUCGAUGGGCGCGGUGCGUUUGGGCGUCGUCUUUUUUGUCACCGUCGGCGUUGUGGUGCCACUGUGCCUCUAUAAGAACGUCUCCCGUUUAGCGCGCGCCAGUUUUAUUAGCCUGGCGUGUGUCGUCUUCAUAUUGUUUGCCGUCAUCAUAAAACUUAUGUCGGGCGAUUAUAAAGUCACGGAUACGGCCGAGUCGUGGCGCUUCGCUAACACGGAUCUAAUACCCGCCACGGGCAUAAUGGUGUUUGCUUUCAUGUGUCAUCACAACACAUUUCUCGUUUAUCAAUCGAUGCGAGAGGCGACCAUGGAACGCUGGGAGAAGGUCACCCACAUCUCGAUUGGAUUUGCCUGGACUGUGGCAGCGCUCUUCGGCAUCGCGGGCUAUUCAACAUUCCGCGCCCUCUCCCAGGGCGAUUUACUCGAGAACUAUUGCUGGGAUGAUGACUUAAUGAAUUUCUCGCGUGUGCUCUUCUCCAUAUCCAUACUGCUGACGUUUCCCAUCGAGUGUUUCGUUUCACGAGAGAUUGUGCGCGCUCUGGUGCAUCGGUUCGUGCUGAAGGAGCCCAUCAGUGAGUUCACCCAGGACAAGGAUCCCAGCUUGGAGAAGGGCGCCGAAAUUGAUGAGUAUUCGAAAGCGAUUACCUUGGCCAUUGUGUUCAGCGCAUUCAUAAUAUCGCCCAUGACCGACUGCCUGGGCUCCGUUUUGGAAUUGAAUGGUCUUCUGGCAGCUAUACCGCUGGCCUACAUAUUGCCUGGUCUGGCCUACAUUCAAAUGGAGCCGCAUGCCCUCUUUAGCCGCGAGAAGCUGCCAGCCCUGGGCCUGGUCGUGUUUGGCGCCUUGGUCACCAUACUGGGCGCUGCGGUGCUGCUGCCCGGCCUAAUGGGCGGCGAUUGUCGUUCAGAUAUCGUGAUGGGCUACUGCCGGCAGGAGUACCAAAAUACCACCUCCCAGGUGGCACCAAAUUGAACAAGCCGACAGGAGCCGCAGCAGCAGCAGGUGGAGCAGCGGUCGCAGCCAAGCCAAAAAGUCAUUAGUUAAGUCAUAAGCAUUGGCAAUACAUUUGCAUUGAUGUGGGUUAUUUCCGGUUUUGUGGAUUGCAGAUUUCCUUUGAUGUUCAAGUUCAUUUUCUUCCGUUUUGCCUUUGGCUACGUUAGUUAUGUAAUAUUUUUUUCUUUUUAGCUUAACCUUAUAUGACUCUUGCAGAGCUGAGUGUAUAAAUGGGAUAGACAGUUGCUUGAUGAGGAUUUAUUUAUAUAUUUCAGAAGAAUGUCUGUAAAGUCUGCUUUGCUCUGCUUUGUUCUUUUAUGAAAAGUCUGGAGUGAAGUUCUAAAGAUAUUGAAAGCAUAUAUUUAGGUAUGAGCCAGAUUUAAUAUUAUUUUGCUCGAGAUUCACUCUUUGAAUUCUCUAUUAAUUUUCAUUAAUUUUGCCUAAAUCGAAUUUUAUAUACAAAAAAUAAAAUAGAUUUUUUAAUCUUUGAUCUUUUAUCCAUCCAUACUAUAAUCUACAUAAUUCUCUCUCUGCAAGAGUAUUCCAACUUCGGCUCGCCGUAGUUCUAUAUAACGUUGCUUUACCUAUAUGUUUUCUAAAAAUGAUUUGCUUCCAACUGCACUUCAAUGUUAGUUCUCAAUAAGAAUUAUGUUAUAUAUUUCGUAUAGGGGCUAAACGAAUACUUGUACCUGAGUCUCUGAUCUUCGAAAGUAUCUCAAGCUGUGUUGUAGUAUCUGUGUAACUGUGUGUAUGUGCGUGUGUGCGUGUGCUGUUCGAGGCAAGUGAUACGAACGAUUUGAAAACCUGAAUCUCAGUACAAAACAGAAAGUUGUUAUUACAUAUAUACUAUAUAUAUUUCCCCAUAUAUAUGUAUUACAUAGCAAAGCUCUAUUUACAACAAAAUUGAUUUACAUUUUAACAAAAUUUCAGCUUUUUGGUUUUUAUGUUUUGGGAAAUGAGAAGGACAAAAGAGCAGACAAACAAGUUAAGAAAAUCAAACAAAAAAAUUGUAGUGCAAGUUCCUUAGCAGUCGGUGUAUAAUGCAUGCAAAAUUUUUCGAAUAGUUGUUAUUGUAAUUACAUAAAAAAUGAAAAAAAAAAGAAAAGAAAGUAGCACUAGCGUAGUCUGAAAAUAUUUGGGCACCAAUAUACACACACAACAUACAAACAAAAGCGAAAACUUUAAGAACAAACAAAGAAAUGGAAUCCAUAUAUAUACUAUAUAUAUAUAUAUAUAUGUAUAUGUAUAUCAAAAGCAACCACUAUCAACUAUUUGUAACUAUCUAUUUAUGGCAAAAAUCAAAGUUAUCGAACCGAAUCAAAUCGUAUUUAAACGUUUUAUAUAUAUGUAUACAAAUCGUAGAGAAUUUGCUUCAGCUCCAAAAAUGUGACUAAAGCUUGAACAACUUUUUUAACUACACUCAAUGGACACAAAUAAAACAGGCAACAUACAACAUAUAACAUGCCACAUGCAGCAUGCAACAUUCAACACAUUCGGCAUUAUAUAAACUACAUCAUAUGAAACUAGUUCAGCUUUAUAUUCCAUCUACUUUGAUAUGAAACAACACUUUUUAGUUGUUUGAACAAAUGGCACUGAUUAUAUUUUGCAUAAAUUGUAUUCUUAUGUAUUUUACACUUUGCUCUCUAUUUUUGUAAGUAUUUCCAUUGAGUUUUUACAAGGCACGAUAUAUAUUAUUAAAUGAUAUAUAUAUACAUUAUGUAAAUACAUAUAUAUUUGUAUGUAAUUUUUGAUAUGAUUAAAGAGAUUUAUACCGCA